AUGGCCGCCAACGAAGAUGAAAGUGAAACAAAAACGUAUAGUCACCGUUUUGAGGUCGCAUAUCACAAUCUCGUCCCCAAGGUCUUUUGGCCCAUGAGCCGUUAUUACAGAGUAGCCAACAAUGAUCAAUGCGCCGAUAUCAACUUCAUCAACAAGGCAAAAUGCCUUGGAACAAGGUCGCAUAAAAUUCUCCAGCCAACUUUGCUAAAAAUAAUAUUUGUUGCAAGAAGGGGGAGGGGAUUUUUAUCAAAAAAGUCUCGAUAUAUUAUAUCCACGAUUGUAGUUGAUUUAAAGAAACAAAAUUUAGUCAACCGAUCUUUAAUUAGUCAGUUUCUCGUUUUUUCUCACGAUAUAGCUCAAAAUAUAAGCCAAAAUGGGACGAACUACAUUAAUGCUCAGUGUGUUAUACGCACAACAGAGACGCUUCUUUUAGUUGGAUAUUGUAUAGUGUUCGUCGUCGGAGUGAUCGGAAAUACAAUCGUUCUUCUCACGUUCAAACGAAGUUGGAGAAAAGGACCAAUCAUUGAACUGUUGAUCGCCUAUUUGGCAGUAUUCGAUUUGCUCUCCUCCGUAUGCGCUCCCCUGCUAUUUAUAUACUGGACUGCCACGUGUUAUAUGGUAUGGGAUUUCGGUUGGCUUGGUUGCAAAAUUUUACCGACACUAUGCCGUGUUUUUACCGACAUAUCUAUCGGUGUUAUCCUCACCAUGGCAAUUGAUCGAUGUAAAUCGAUAGUUACUCCACUUAGAAAUCGAUCCAGCUGUAAAACAAUUCAUAUAGCAGUGGUGGUGAUCAUUGUUUUGUCAUGUUUAUGUGAAGCGUACUACAUCAAUGGACUUUUAUAUAUAGAACAGUGCACUGUAGUACCCGCAGUUUAUCUUUCAUAUUCUUAUCCCCUUGUUGUUUUCACAGUUUUACGGGAUGUCGCAUUUGUUCUUAUUUUCGUAGUGACCACUAUUGCUGUUUACAUGAAACUAAAAAGUUCUUCAAACCGAAGAUUACUUUUAUCGUCACAAACUUCCACGCGCAAGCACUCCCAACGAGGGAGGGUCAUGAAAAUGUUAGUUGUGAUGGCAGCCGUGUUUACUGUGACGGUAAUACCACGUGAUAUAUUACAUCUGACGUACACAAUUUUAUGGAUAACGUCACCAAAAAAUGCACUAACUAAUUCGGUUGUCGUGCAACACAUAAACAACGUACUCAAGCUUCUCCAAGUGAGCAACAGUAUCUACAAUGUUUUCAUUUAUGGAAAGAUGCACGGUCACUUCUGGCAUAAUUUUAAAAAUAUUUUGUUUUGUGUAAAAGACGCCCGAUAUACUGCAUCAGCAACAACCGUCAAGGAAAGGAUAAGAUACAAUUCGUCGACGUACCGUCAAUCCUUCUCUUUUCCGACAAACAUCGGUAGGCGUGAGACUUUACCGUCAGAAUCUGUUUUAUGA